AUGCCGAAGAUAAACCGCAGGACGCGCGGCGACGUGCCGUACCAAACUCCCGCGGAGCCAAGUGUGCGUGGCGCUCUUGCCCCCGAUGUCUCAGGGAGCACGGAAACCGGUGAAUCCACCUCAGCGGAGCCGCUUACGGUAAAGGAAAUCAUACGAGAAAGCCACGAGGUCGACAUGUUUUACAUGUGCCGUGCCUAUUCAGAAGAGAAUCGACCUGGGUUCCACGGUACCUCUUGAAUGUGUUUUCAUGUAGUUGGAACGCGCCCCCUAUUUUUCUGUAGAUGUUGUUGAUACGUAGUUUAUGUUGAAUAUCAAUAUUAUCAAUCCGUAUCCGACAACCUCCUUUCUCAUUCAUGUACAUUUACAUUCUCAUGUUUUCAUGUUCGGCUAGUACGGUAGCACCGUCAGCCACCGAGGACCCGGCAUGUAGUCGUUCUGGAGGGUGUUCAUGUUCAAGAUGCCAGACGACAAUGCAUAAUUUUCAAUUUCAUGAUCUCCAGCCAACGAGGACCGAUUUUUUUGCGAGGAGCAUGUACGGUCAAAGAAUUCCGAGUUGAUUGACAUGUUCAUUGUCGGGGUCCUCGAUGGUCACGACGGUGCCGUCGCAGCCGAUAUGGUCGCGGACCAGCUACCGGCGUUGGUGUUUAACCAGUGUUUUUUGGACCAGAGAAAAGUGCACGAGGCCCACGUGGGCGGUUUCGAGGAGAUAGAAAAAACGUUGGCCAAGACGGGAUCUACCGCAGGCUGCUGUGCGAACAGUUGCGUCGUGUGGGGAAAGUAAAUUUUGCUUUAUGUUCUCUAUUUUCUGCUGCUUAUUCUUUGCAUUUUUUGCUCCUAAGGAGCAACUGAUCCUGAUGAAAAGAGAAGAUUGAUGAGGACAAUAGACGCAGUGUAUAAUUUCUGUCGACGUCCUCCCUAGUAUUGCUACAAAGUUCCUCGUCACCCUGACAUAAUGGCGGGAAGAUUCCAAAAAUCUUAUUGUGUGUGAGGUACCUCUGGUGUGCGAACCUCGGUGACUGCCGCGCGGUCUGGAUACCACUCAAUAAUGCAGACAGUGCCACCUUCGACACGGGCGCCUUCUGCUGGAUGUCACGAGAUCUGAAAGCCUCCGCGCCCUACGAAGUGGAGCGCAUCCGGUCUUGCGGAUGGAGAGUGUCGGACGGCAGGGUCGAAGGACUCGAGGUACUUUUAAAGUGUCCCGUCUUCUCGUCUCUUUUCGGGUCUUUCAAAUUCUUCUUUCCCAUCGCCAUUUUCAAGAUCCAGAAAGCACUUCUGCCUUGCUUGCUUCAGACGCGAGGUAGCGAUGACAAUCAGAAUGUCCUCAAGAAGUGUGCUUGCGUAGGCUUGUGGUUCUAGUUGUUGCGACAUAUUGGUUGCAAUAUGAAUAUACACAACCAUUUUUAAUUAUUCAACCUCAGCCGACCCGCACGAUAGGAGACUUCGACGUGAAGGCAAAAGUCCCGAAAGGUGUGAUAUCGAUUGUCCCGGAAACUAGAAUGGUAGACAUGGUCGCCGAAGCCAGGAAAAAAGACAAAGACGCAACCGACGUUCAGGGUUUGCUCGUGCAGGCCACAGACGGUAAACUGUGGACACAUUACAUCUCAAUCUCUUCUGAUGUUUGCAUGUCUUAUUUGCGAUGUUUGUGUUUGUCGGGGCAGCGAGGUUGGUUUUUCUCGCAGUUUAUUUACAGCUCGAGCUCCUGCAACAACAUCGGAACUAACAAAGAUCCACAACAAGGAGAUGAUUCGUAGUCGAAGUCGUUCUCAAAAAUAAAAAGGUAUUUGGGACUGCGUGAACGGACAGGACAUACUCAAUGUCAUCAAGACGAAGCAGAAAUCAGUACGGCAGCUGCAGAAAUAUCUGGCAACAGCCGGAAAAGAUUGUAUAUACAUAGAUUAUAUAUAUUGGAUGCGCAUGUACUACUAGUUGAGUUCUUGCUCUUGCUUAGGCAUAUGCAACCGUCACUAGUAGUAUGAGCAUCGUUGUGUUAUAACAUUCUUUUUUUUUCCAAAACUACCAGGCGCAGGCUUUAUCAUGCCUCUUCAAUUGCUUAAGCGCCAUUCUUGCUCGGAGAUACAGGCACUUUUCAAAAGAAAAUUUUCACAUCACAGUUGACCCCGAGCACCAGGUUGCUGCGGUAUUGGAGAGGAUAGCCGGAGACGUCGUGACUUUGGCUCUGACGAAAGGAAGCAGUGACGAUUGCACGGUGAUCUUAACUUGCGUAUCGGUCCAACCGAGGUCCGUUGAGGGAAAAUAG